ACUCUAACUUUCUAAGAUAUCAUUGGUUGGGAUCACGAUUUAAAAUAAUACGGUCUAUGGAUUGUUUCAUGGUUGAUAAGAAUGAUGUGAAAAUACUGAAAAUUAUAAAACGAAAAGAGCCGGGAGACGGGAACCUAUUAUUAUUAUUUAUUAAAUAUUAAUAUUAUUAUGCUGAAUAAUUUACACUUUGUGCUGUGGAAUUGUUGAAUGUUGAAUUGUAUUUCUACUAUAUAUAUUAUAUACUUAUUUUUUUCAAUUUUUAUUGAUAUCUGACGCAUUUAUACAGCAUUCAAUUAUUGCAUACUUAUAUAUUUAAUUCAUCAUAAGUCGUGAUGUUAUUGUCGUAUUAAUUAUAUAUAAUUUUGUUAACCCAUUUCAUUUUUAAAAUUUCAUAUUUGUUUUUAUGAUCAACCAGUAAUUUUCACGUAUUGAAUAUGAAUACCGAUACUAUUUGUAAAUUUUGUGAUGAGAAUCAAAGCAGAUAUGUUUGUCCAAAAUGUGGAGCACCUUAUUGUUCCUUAAUAUGUUAUAAAUCUCCGAUUCAUCUGGAGUGUUCAGAACAAUUUUACAAAGAAUGUAUUCAAGAAGAAUUAGAUGUUCAAGAUUCAGAUGAUGUAAGCAAGAAAGAAAUGAUGGAUAUUCUUAAAAGAGUAUAUGGAGAAAAUGAAGAUUCUGAAAGUGAUUCGGAUGAUGAAGAAUUCUUAGAUAUCAACGAAAGAUUAAAUGGAAUUGAUCUAAAUGAUGCUGAGAAAGUUUGGAGUUCUUUAACUGACUCAGAAAAAGCAGAAUUUGAACACCUUGUUAAGUCUGGUGAUAUCUCGAAAAUUCUACCUCAGUUUACUCCUUGGUGGUGUUUACCGAUUGAAAAACAAAUAGUAACAGAAGUUGACGAGAAUAUAAAUGAUAGUGAGUUUCCACAUUUAAUAACCAACAUCCCAAAAUUUUCUUUACUUUCAAAAAAAGCACCAUCAGACUGCAUUAAAUGGAAUUUAGUGAACAUGAUAACUUCAUAUGUGUUUUUGAUACGAUAUUAUAAUGGUAAACAUAAAUCGUAUUUAACAGAAUUUAUCAAUGGACUUUAUAAUUUGUCAAAAAAUUUAUCUUUUAAUCAAAAUUUUGAAUCAUAUGACUUAGCGGUAAAAUCUGUUGAGCUUUGUAUUCAAGAGCAUGAAAUGUUUAAAGGUUUUCAAGAUGGUUUUAAUCUUAUAAAUAAUGAUUUGGAAACAAUAUUUAGUAAUGGUUUGGAUUCAAACUGCAAUCAUAAUAUUAAAAUAGCUUUAUCUGAUAUACAUAAUUUACUGACAAUGUAUAAAAAUGACCAAAAAAAUGCUUCAUUGAAAAAAACAGAACAAGGAGAAUUUAAUAAAAAAUUUCCUGAUGCUAAAGCCACUUAUUCUAUUUUCGUAGACGUUAAGAAAGUACGUUUAUUAUUGAAAAAGAUUGAAUAUUUUUUAGCAUGGGUAGAUGAAAGUAAAUUAUAAGA